AUGGAGAAGAACGCACUCUGGCUCCUCUGCUUGCUUGUGUUGCCAGCGUUAGCCUGUGGUUAUAAGGAGGAUGACCUGGUUACCGGUUUACCGGGUCAACCACCGGUUCACUUCAGACAUUACUCCGGCUACGUGAAUCUUGGGCCUAAGCAGAAGCAGAAGUCACUUUUCUAUUGGUUCUUUGAAGCUCAACAACACUCCUCUCGCCGUCCUCUAGUCCUCUGGCUCAACGGAGGACCUGGUUGCUCAUCGAUCGCUACUGGUGCUGCGCAAGAACUAGGCCCGUUUCUGGUCCAUACCAAAGAUGGUAACCUAACCUUCAAUGAAUUCUCUUGGAACCAAGAGGCCAACAUAUUGUUCUUGGAAGCACCGGUAGGCGUUGGGUUUUCAUACAGUAAUAACUCAACGGAUCUUCAAAACCUUGGAGAUCAAGUUACUGCACAGGAUUCUCUUGUGUUUCUCAUCAACUGGUUCAAGAAAUUCCCCGAGUUUCGAUCCAACGAUUUUUACAUCACUGGAGAGAGUUAUGCAGGUCACUAUGUUCCUCAGCUUGCGGAGGUGAUUUACGACAGGAACAAGAAAGUUCAAAGAGAUUCUCGCAUCAAUCUCAAAGGCAUCAUGAUUGGAAACCCAUUGAUCAAUGACGACACAGACACUGCAGGACUAGUUGACUACGCGUGGAGCCACGCCCUAAUAUCCGACGAGGUUCAUAAAAACAUUCAUGACUCGUGCCGUUUUGGAGACAAACUAACCCCAAACGAAACGGCACAAUGCGUCAAAAGUUUCGAAGGGAUGACAGCUUUCGCGGCGAUCAAUAUAUACAGUAUCUACACUCCUAUUUGCCUCUCCUCCUUGUCGUCGUCAAAAAAACAUAAACGUGCCAUGUCUCAUAAUCUCCUCAUUUCACAAGAUAUCUGGAAUAGGUUGCCUUAUGGGUACGACCCGUGCACACCAGACUAUGCCCAAAAAUAUUUUAAUAGGAAAGAUGUGCAGACCGCACUUCACGCAAACGUCACAAACAUACCUUACCCGUACACAGCUUGCAGUACGGUGAUAAAGUGGAAUGAAGCUCCGACCACCGUGAUUCCCAUCAUCCAGAAGCUCUUGAAGAGUGGCCUCCGCAUUUGGAUCUAUAGCGGAGAUACGGAUGGGAGAAUGCCAGUAACAUCUACGCGUUAUAGCUUAAGGAAGAUGAGACUUAAGGUGGAGUCACCGUGGAGGUCAUGGUUCCACAAGAGUCAAGUGGCUGGAUGGGUUGAGACUUAUGCCGGAGGGCUAACUUUUGUCACCGUUAGAGGUGCUGGUCAUCAGGUUCCACUCUUUGCUCCGGCGCAAUCCCUCACCUUAUUCUCCCACUUUCUUUCUUCCCUCCCUUUGCCUCCCUCUCGCUUCUAAUUAACACCAUAUAUGAUCCCUCUCCUUACUCAUAUGUUUCAAUGUUUGAUUUACGAGAAAAUAAUAUCAGUGUCUCUUUUCUUUUUUGUUGGCUUGUUUUGCAGUUAUUAUGUUAGUUGUUGUAUGGUAAUAAUGUAUUACACUCCCCUAUAGUCCCAUGUGUAUAUGAAUGUGAAAGAUCAAUCGAAUAAAACAUAGAAAAAGCUUUGAAC